AUGUCGACGCUGCUGCAGCUCAAGGCGCAGAACGAUAGCCGCUUGGCGGUGGAGAAGACGGCGAUUGAUAGGAAGCGGAAUGUGCUCGUGCUCAUGCUGCAGUACUGCACCGAGAACGGGUACCUCCAAACCGCCGAGAAGCUCCAGCAAGAAGCCGGCAUUGCGCUCUCCAAGUUUGAGGUGGUCGACAACAUUGACUUGCUCCGUAUUGUUCAAGAGUUUGAAGACUUUUACGAGCUCAAAUUUGCCAAGAAACCAAAGCUCGUACGCCGCACGACCGGCGACGAGGAGAAGGCCAAGGCCACGCACUUUAACGAGAAGAAGGCGGCGCUCGAGAAGCGCAAUAAGCGCAACAGCUACUCGUCGCCACAUAUGCCGACCGAAGCGCGCGUCGAGAACAACGCAGCGCUCAAAGCCGUCUCCAACUGCAUUGGCGCGUCCUCGACCACGAGCGGCAAGCCAGCAGUGGAAGAAGCGAGUCCGGAGAACAUUGCGUCGUUGGGUUUGGUGGGCCAGAAGCCGGCACAGCGUACAACCAAGUCGAUAAAGAAGUCCAACGACACCAAGCCGGACGAAGAGGACGAAGACUCUGUGGAGGACCGGCUUCUCAAACCACUGCCUUUUAUGCACGACUCGGAGCUGCGUCCGCUUGCCGAGACCAUCACACGAGAGAUUUUCCAGAAAAACCCGAAUGUGCACUGGGACAAUGUGGUGGGGCUCACCGACGCCAAGCGACUUUUGAAGGAAGCGGUGGUCAUGCCGAUCCGAUACCCACAGCUCUUUAAAGGCCUUCUCUCGCCCUGGUGCGGUAUUCUGCUCUACGGCCCGCCGGGCAACGGCAAGACGAUGCUGGCGAAAGCCGUCGCGACCGAGUGCAAAACGACCUUCUUCAACAUAUCGGGCUCGUCGAUCGUGAGCAAGUACCGCGGCGACUCGGAGAAGCUCGUGCGCAUGCUCUUUGAGCUCGCGCGGUAUCAUGCGCCGUCGACGAUUUUUCUCGACGAAAUCGACUCGAUCAUGGGUCAGCGCGGCGAGUCCAGCGGCGGGCAAGAGCACGAAGCUAGCCGGCGCAUGAAGACAGAGCUCCUCAUCCAGAUGGAUGGUCUUGCCAAGUCGAGCGAAGUCGUGUUCGUCCUCGCAGCAAGCAAUUUACCGUGGGAACUGGACGCAGCGAUGCUUCGGCGCCUCGAGAAGCGCGUCUUGGUUGGGCUCCCAUCGGCCGAAGCGCGCGCAAGUAUGUUUCAAGAGCUUUUGGCGCCGUACAUUGCGCCACAGUUUGACUUUAGCGACACGGUGUCUCGCACGGAGGGCUACUCGGGCGCCGACAUCAAGCUCGUUGCCAAAGAAGCGUGCAUGGCCCCCGUGCGCCGGCUCAUGGACAAGCUCGAGACCAUGGAAGCCAGCGGGGGGAGCAACCAAACGCGUCACGAACAACACGACAACUGGCAAGGUCUGCUCGACAAGGUCCAGCCGCACGACAUUCAGCUCGCGCUGGAAAAGACCAAGCCGUCCGCACACCAGUUUCUACGUAAGUACGAGACGUGGCACAACAAGUUUGGCUCGUGUUAG